GUAAUUUGUAAGAAAGUCCUAAAGAUAGUUUGAGUUUUGUUUGUUAUCAACCGAAUUAGUUACCUGCUCUUUUAAUUAUGUAGAAUUCUUCUUUAACGACGCUCGAUAAAACAAUUAUUAUUCAAGUGUACAGUUUCUGUUAUACUCUGAUAAAGUUUAAUCGCUUAAUAUUCGAUCAAACACAAUGUCUUAACCUUAGAAUGUUUAUCUAGUUGGUAGUUGACGUAUAUUAGAACGAGGAUUAUUUAGACGAUAACAAAAGCGUACAAGGAUACAUCGUUAUAUAUUUAUUAUUCGUAGCGCUAGUAUCGCAAUAAGCUAUAUCUAAUAUCUUAUUGACAAUCCGCAAAACAAUUGUGUUCAAAAAUUGUUUAUUUGGUAUAGGUCUAAUGAUAUAAAUAGUUAUAGAAACAAUUUUGAAGUAAUUUUUUGGAAUAGUACUUAAUAAUUAUGGCAAGAUAUUCGAGUGAUUCAGAUUCAGAUUAUAGCAGCAGAUACAGAAGAAAACAUAGCAGAAAAUCUAGAUCCACCAGUUCAGACACUAGUGAAUCUUCACCGUAUCGUAAGAGAUCAUCUAAGCAUUCAAAAUCGAAACGCCGACAUCGUUCACACUCCAGAAGCAGAGGUAGAGAUAGAAAUUCGAAAAAUUACAAAGGUGGCAGAAGCAAUUCGGGUGAUAGAGAAAAACGUCGCUAUCGUUCUCGUACACGUAGAUCGCAUUCUUCUGAUCGUAGCAAAAGGAAAAUGAGAUCUACUUCUAGAGACAAAUCUAGAAGUCGUUCUAGCAGUUCGCAGUCUACCGUUAAACCUAUACUUGAGAAAUCUAAUAAUCCCAUAACGAAAGAUGACUUUUUAAUUGAACCACGUAUCAAGGAAAGUGUACUCGAAGAAAUAAAUUCUGAAGGAUUUACGCCUAAACAAUUUACUUCGUCUUCUCAUACGAAAGAAAGCAAAUUUAAAAACAUUGUCAUCGAUAUUAGUGCUGAUACUAUUCAAAUUCCUACGGUAGCGGAUUCCACUGUACCAGAAAGUAUAUUCCAUCCUUCGAUCAUGCUGGAUCAAGAUGCUCGUUUUGAUAAAUGGGUUAAGAAACUUUAUACGCUUAGGCAGAAAGCAAUAGUUGAUAUGACACACGGUAAUUUUACUUGACGCCUAGUUGAUUUAGAUAUUUGAUAUUUUACAUCUUGUAAAUAAAUGGAAAUAUCGUUCAUUACAUUAAAGUACGUCUAUUACCUACAUUGCGUAUUUUGUACUACAGAUUUCUGUUUUUUUUUGUUAAAAUUCUUUCUUCCAAUUAUAAAUUUCUCUUCUUUUCAAAUUUUUCUCUUUUCAAAUAAUUUACAAUUCUUGUCACUUAAUGGACAAUGUAAUAUAAAUUACAUUUAACUUUAUAUGUAUACUUUUUAUUUUUGUAUGAUCUUACAAUAUAUCUUGCAUACACAAUUUUACAAAUUUUAUAUAUGUAUUUAUAACUGAAAUAGAAUAUAUCUAUUAAUAAUAAUAAUAAUAAUAAUAAUAGAUAACAUAACAGCAUAAAAUAGAAAAAACUUGGCAUGUAAAAUAUAAAAAUCAAAUCCUAGAGAAACUUUAAAAAAAUUAAAUAUAUUAGAAGAUACAUAUUUCUUAAUCAUGAAAAAUUUGAAACAAUUAUAAUUAUCACGUAUAGCCUUUUAUAACAAAAAAAGAAAAAUAAAUAAAUAAAAUAAUAUAAAAUAAAAAGUAUAGUGCAAUCUCAUAUUUCCACUUAAUUCUACGAACGAUUACUAUGCGGUAUACAUCAUCUUACUACACAUGCAGUAAGAUACAGAAUAUACGUUCUUGUAACACUAAAUCCCCUCUCUCUAUUAUUUUCAGCAGAGGAAUGAUAAAUUAUUAUUUAGAGCUAACAUUAGAGCUCAUAUCAAAGCCAUUUGCUUGCUUUUAAAAAUGAUCAUUUAUGGUUUUCUAAAUAUUCUGCAGUAUAUAUAGAAA